GUAAGCUGUCAUUGCUGCAAGAGUUAAUACAGAUUAUGACUUACGAAUGGCACAAUGUCGUAAACAAACAGAUCUUCGACUACUAUGCGGAGAGAACUCCUGGAUCAUAUAUAGAAAUGAAGGAUGUAUCGAUUGUAUGGCAUUAUCGUUCCGCCGACAAUCAAAACUAUGGAGCAUGGCAAGCAGCAGAAUGUCAAAAUCACAUAGAAGAUGCGCUGGGAACAACAUAUACCAUUCAUGCGGUUGUCGGGAAUAAAAAGAUCGAGGUUAUGCCUCGUAAUAUCAAUAAAGCGGUUGCCGUCUCCCGUAUUCUUCUUGCCGGUGUGCCUGAUUUUAUUCUUGCAAUUGGUGAUGAUCGUACGGAUGAGGACAUGUUUAACUACGUUAAUAAGUUAGAAAACGUCAAGACUAAAAUCACAUGUACUGUUGGGUCUAAGAGUAGCGAAGCUAGUUAUUUCAUUAGCGGAGUUAUGGGUGUCGUGACGUGUUUGGACAUUCUCGCUUCCGGAGUCGAAUAG